AGGACACAGAGCAACAUGGUUCGAGUGUUCAUCAGCUCCACGUUCACAGAUAUGAGCAGCGAGAGGAAGGCUCUGCUGGAGAAAGCUUACCCAGAAGUCCUGUCCUUCUGCCGCGGUCUUGGGCUGAUGUUUGAGGUUGUGGAUCUGCGCUGGGGGAUUCGAGACGUCCCAUCAGGAGACCACGAGGCCUGUGAGAUCUUCCUGCAGGAGAUCGAGCGCUGUGAGAGGAUUUCAGCAGGCCCAGCGUUCAUCGCUCUCCUGGGGAACCGGUACGGGCAUCGAGCACUCCCUCGCCUUAUUCCAGAGAAACUCUUCGACGUUCUUUUGUCCAAGCUCUCCAAAAACCCCGAAGGCACCAAGCAGCUCAAUCAGUGGUUUAAAAAAGACAACAAUGCUGUCCCACCAAGCUAUGUCCUUCAGCCAAUAACAGCUCACUUCCCUCACUACAGCGACCUCCGACCUGAGAGUGGGAAGCAGCGCGACAAAGACGUCUUGUCCUGGCGUAUCGCAGAGACUCAGCUGCUGCGGCUCCUUCGAUCUGCAGCCACCGAUGCCGAGGACACCGGAGACAUCACCGCUGAGGAGAAACAACACUUCUACACAUCAGUCACAGAGCGGGAGUUUGAGCACGGUUUGUGGAAGAACACGUCUGAACCGUCCGCUCUGCUUUUCGUCCGAGAGAUUCCCCGUCAGAAGGUGAGGGAGGGGCCCAAACGUCUUGCCAAGUUCAUGGACUUGACCGCCGACGGGCUGCUGGAUGCUGAAGCUCAGGGUCUCCUCGCCGGGCUUAAGACGCGGCUCUUUGCCAAGUCACAGAAGAUCCUCAACCUGCACUCUGUGGAACUCAGCAGAGGAAGCAUCAAUCCGAAGUGCAAGGAGCACGCUCAGUACCUGGACAGCGUCUGCGAGCAGUUCGUCUCACAGAUGAAGGCUCGGAUUGGAGCAGCGGUGGAUUCGCUGAGCCAGAGGAAGAUGUGGGGAAGCACUCAGGAAGAGGAGAAGGCGGACAUGUUGGUGGUCAAAGAGGUGAGGCAGCAUGUCGCUAUCAGCGCCAAGGUGUGCAAAGAUCUCCACGGUAGAGAGGGGCUGCUGGGUAAGCUCUGCCUCGCUAUGUGGGAGUCGACCAAUGUCCGUCACAGGCCGCUGGUAGUUCACGGCGCCGCAGGGAUGGGGAAGACGGCAGUGCUGUGCAAACUGGCGCAGGAGAUGCGCAGCGUCCUGGAGGCUGGGGCGGUGGUGGUGGUCAGGCUGCUGGCGGCUCAUCACCCUCACAGACCUGACAUCGACCACGUCCUCCGCAGCAUCUGCGUGCAGGUGUGCCUGGCCUGUGGUCUGGCUCCACCCUCACCGCUGAUGGCCGGCACUCGCCUGGAGCUGCUGCGGUUCUUCAAGGAUGUUCUCGAGCAGGUUUCCCAGCAGGGGAGCGCUCUGGUUGUUGUCCUGGAUUCUGUGGAACAGCUCUCAGAUCAACAUCACGCUCACAAGCUGGGCUGGCUGCCCACUGACCUCCCGCCCAACGUCCACAUAGUUGUUUCCAUGGACACCAACAGUGAGGCAUUUGCUAACGUGCGGCUGAAGCUGGACUCUCUGGGAAGCUUCUUCGAGGUGGGUCGUUUGACUCGUGAGGAAGGCGAACGCAUCGUGGAGUCGUACCUGCGGGCAUCUCAGCGUAUCCUGACCUGUGAGCAGAGCAGCGUCGUGCUGCAGAGCUUCGAGACAUCCGGCUGUCCGCUCCACCUCAAACUGAUCCUGUCUGUCGCCAAACGCUGGCCAUCCUUCACUCCACUGACAGAGCUGCGUCUGGGCACCGGAACACAGGAAAUGAUGUCACAGCUCUUUCUAAUGCUGGAGGAGAAACACGGAAAAGAGCUCGUGGGCGGAGCUUUGGGUUACAUCGUUCUGGCAAGGGCGGGUCUGCUGGAGGCAGAGUUGCGUGAUGUCAUGUCCUUGGAUGAUGUUGUCAUCAGUGAAGUGUACAGGUACUCCCUCCCCCCGACGCCCUCGCUGAUCCGGCUGCCCCCCCUCCUCUGGGCCCGGCUAAGGCGGGACCUCGAGGACCACCUGGAGGAGCGUUGGACCGACGGAGUCGCAGCCAUCGCCUUCAACAACCAGCGUCUGUCCGAGGCGGUCUCAGCACGCUAUCUGAGAUCUGCGCGGCGGGGGCGGAGUCUCAGGAUCCUGGCAGAGUACUUCCUGGGUCGGUGGUCAGGGAAACUGAGGCCGGCAUCUCUGCCGGGUCUGUCACUGCUGCUGUCUGACAGAAAGGUCCCACCCCAGCCGCUGUGGUUUGCUCCAGGAUUGGCUAAUUUCAGGAAGCUGCAGGAGCUGCCCUAUCACCUGCUGCACAGUGGCCUGUGGGAGGAGCUACGACAGGAAGUUAUUGGCUGUGCUGAGUGGCUGUACUGUAAGAGCCGGCUGUGUGGAGUGUCCUCUGUGAUCCACGACCUGGACCAGUGUUCCCAGUAUAUGGACUGCACUGAGAGUGGACUGAUCCGAGACGCUCUGGUCCUCAUCAAACCCAGCCUGGACUUCCUGGAUGGUCACAUGGACAUGUCUCUGUUUUACUCAGAGCUGUUGGCCCGGCUCUCCUCGCUUGGCCCUGCCUUCCCGACUGUGAUUGGCCAGCUGUGUACCCAGUGUGAGGAGUGGUUACUGACGUGUCCAGAGCCAAUUCUCAUCCCAAAAAGCAGCUUCCUGCAGCAGCCAGGGGGGCCGCUGCAGCACACGCUGACCACCCUCCAGGGAGGUGUGGUCUGUGUGGAAGUCAGCAUGGAGGCAAAGCUCCUGGUUGCAGGUUCAGAUGAUGGUGUGGUGGCGGUUUGGAGCCUAGUCAACCAUCAGCUCGUCCACACCCUGCUGGGACACACAGCCACUGUCCUGGCUCUCAGGGUGCUCACCAACUCCACCCACUGCCUCUCAUUGGCUGCCGACGGAUCUCUGAGGAGGUGGAGCCUGAUGAACGGUCAACAGCUGUCCUGCAUCGAGGAGGCGGUGCCUGUAGACUCCGCCCCUUCAUCAGUGCACCUCCACCUGUCUGACCAGCUGCUCUUCGUUUACACCAGGACACAGGUGAAGGUGUGGCAGCUGGACGGGGCUGAGCUCCACCUGAGCAGCAACAGCAAUGAGAUCUGGUUGGUUCUCGGGGUUCUGGGAGAAUCUGUUGUUUCUCUGUCGGACUCUGGUCGGGUCAGAAUCUCUCACCCGGUUUACGGGACUCAGUUAACGGUGAAAACUCAGCUGGAAAUCUCAGCGAGGCGGCAGAGUGUCGUAAACGCGGUGAUGCUACCCAAGAGUGAGAAAGUGUUUGUGGUGUAUAAAGAAGGAUUCCUCCACCAGAUUUCCAGGACGGGGAAACAGACAGCUGCCGAGUUUCCUCUGCUUCCUGCUUUCCUCUCAGUCACCGAAGAUGAGAAAAUACUGUUAGCAGGCAGCGAGUGCACACUGAGCCUCUUCAACAUCCUCAGUGACUCUCUAGAUGGAUUCCUCAAUCUCCAACACGACGACGACGUUUUAUCCGCCUGCAUUUCCUCAGAUGGCAGGCGGCUCGUCUCUGGAGCUGCAGACCAACUCGUACGAAUCUGGUCAGUGACCACGGGGGCGCUGUUGGACUCCCUGUGUGGGUCGGACGCCCCCGUUACCUCUGUGCUUCUCUACAAUGACUUUGUGGUUUCGGCCUCGAUGUCCGCAACCUCCAUCCUGCUUUGGAACCUGAAGUACGACACCAGCACCAAACCCACCGCCCGCAUCCCUGCGGACUCCGCCCACGUUGCCCUCGCCAAAGAUGGCGAUCAUGUUUUCUACGUCCACCAGCAGAGCCACACAGUGGUCAUGAGCUGGAACAGCCACACAGGUUCUCUGUCCGAGCAUUUGCCCGUCUCUGCUGAGGUUUGCUGCCUGGAGUUGGCUCAGAACAAGCGCCUCCUCCUCUGCGGUCUGAAGAGCGGCACCGUCCUCAUCUACCCGUUAGCCCUGCCUCAGGAGACUCUCUGCAUCCCCCCUCCGGAGAGCCUGUGCAGGGUCCUCUGCCUCGCCACCAGCUCCCAGGAGAAGCACCUGGCCGUGGCCUACGAGGACUCGGUGUGUUUGUUUGAGAUCACCUCUAGGGACAACUUCCCCACAGUGGAAGGGCCCCUGGAGAGGUUUGCACUGUCCCUUCUCCACGCCCCGCUGUCCUCCAUGGCCCUGCUGUCCGACCGCAGGCUGCUGUACGGGACGAGCUGCGGGGAGGUGAAGCUGCAUGACUUCAGUGGCAGGAGUGGCGCCGUCUCCGACCUGGAGCCUCACCGCAGCAGAGUGACCUGUGUGACAGUCAGUAACUCGGGGACUCACGCUCUGGUUGGCUCUGAGGACGCUGUGCAGAGGCUGUGGGCUCUGAGCCCGCUGGCCCUGGACCACACCAUGGAGUACAAGGGAUUUUUCUUCGAGGGCGUCCUCUCUGCUGCGUUCUCUGAAAGUGACCAGUUCGUCUUCACAGGAUCUCAGGACAGAACCGUUAAAGUUUGGGAUGUGGCCUCAGGAAACCUGCUGUUCGUUCAGUACGUCUACUCCCCUGCUGUCCGGAUGGUGACCUUCAGGAACGGCUUCGUGGCCUUGACCCAGCAGGGCUCCAUCAUCAGACAGCUGUUUCGCUGUCCGGACCAGAUCAGUCCAGACUACAACCCUCUGAGGAGCGUCAAGGCCCAGUACCGGGUCACCUCCAGGGAGAAGAACCGGGAUGGCCAGCAGACCUCCGGAUCUGACCUCCAGGACUUCAACCCUGCCCAGUUAAACCUGAACCUCGUGGGCAUGCUCAAAGCCAAACCCUCCUCUGCAUGUCUCAUACUGUAG